AUGGCUUCUGGUCCAGCUACUCAGUCGCUGAAAUGCGUCGUUACUGGUGAUGGAGCAGUGGGCAAGACAUGCCUGCUCAUCUCCUACACGACCAAUGCGUUCCCUGGAGAAUACAUCCCCACUGUGUUCGACAACUACUCGGCCAGCGUCAUGGUAGACGGGAAGCCCAUCAGUCUUGGGCUCUGGGACACUGCAGGUCAAGAGGACUACGACAGACUACGUCCGCUCUCCUACCCGCAGACCGACGUGUUCCUGAUAUGUUUCUCCAUCGUCAGCCCCCCCUCGUUUGACAACGUCAAGGCAAAGUGGUAUCCCGAGAUCGAACAUCACGCGCCAAACGUACCCAUUAUCCUGGUUGGCACCAAGCUCGACCUCAGAGAGGACAAGGCCACCGCAGACGCUCUCCGGUCCAAGAAGAUGGAGCCAGUCUCCUACGAGCAGGCCCUCGCAGUCGCAAAGGAGAUCAAGGCCCAGAAGUACCUCGAGUGCUCUGCUCUCACCCAGCGCAACCUCAAGAGCGUCUUUGACGAGGCCAUCCGAGCCGUAUUGAACCCUCGUCCAACUCAGAAACCAAAGAGAAAGUGCCAGAUACUCUAG